GGGCCGCGGCUCCGCCUGCGGGCUUCCGGGCCGCCGCCGAGCGCUGCUGCCGGGGCCGGGGCCGGGUCCGGGGCCGGGGCCGAGCCGCCGCCAUGAACCGCUUCUUCGGCAAAGCGAAGCCGAAGGCGCCUCCGCCCAGCCUCACCGACUGCAUCGGGACGGUGGAUAGCAGAGCUGAGUCAAUUGACAAGAAAAUUGCUAGGCUUGAUGCAGAACUAGUGAAGUAUAAGGAUCAAAUGAAGAAGAUGAGAGAGGGGCCUGCAAAGAAUACAGUAAAGCAGAAAGCGUUGAGAGUGUUAAAGCAGAAGCGAAUGUAUGAACAACAGCGGGAUAAUCUAUCACAGCAGUCUUUUAAUAUGGAACAAGCCAAUUACACUAUUCAGGCACUGAAGGAUACAAAGACAACGGUUGAUGCAAUGAAACUGGGGGUGAAAGAAAUGAAGAAAGCUUACAAGCAAGUCAAAAUUGAUCAAAUUGAGGACAUACAAGAUCAGCUAGAGGAUAUGAUGGAAGAAGCCAAUGAAGUCCAGGAAGCACUGAGUCGUAGCUAUGGAACACCAGAGAUUGAUGAAGAUGACUUGGAAGCAGAACUGGAUGCAUUAGGUGAUGAGCUGUUAGCUGAUGAAGACAAUUCCUACUUAGAUGAAGCUGCAUCUGCUCCAGCAAUCCCAGAAGUCACUCCUACUGACACGAAAAACAAAGAUGGUGUAUUGGUGGAUGAAUUUGGGUUGCCAAAGAUCCCCGCAACAUAAAUGUUUGAAAAGCACAAUGGAUAUAAUGAACUACACUUUACAAAACAAAUUAAGAAUUUUUUUUUUUUUUAAAUCCUGGAGAACUUGUCCUUCCAGUGUAACCUUAAUAUCACUACAUCCUAGAAUACAAUAUGAAUGGCUGGUGGUGUUCUUUCUUUGAAGAAAGCUGUUCUACUACUGACUUUUCUAUUAAUGGAAAAUUUGGUGCAGUUCCCUUCAGUGGAAGCAGUCAGUCUAAUAGAUUUUGAUUUCUGUGUCUGAUGGACAAAGUAAUAUGUGAAGAGUAGUGGUGACUGUUGAUGGCUUUUAUUUUGACUUCGUAAUAUGUUUCUCUUUCUUGAAACUAAGACUGUAUGUUGCUGCUUACUCUCUGUAAAAUAGUUCCCUUACUACUAUGCUUCUUUGAUAAAAAAAAUUGAAAGCAAUUUUUAACCUAUCGCAGUCUUGAGACUUUUAUGCUAUCGUAACCUUCUCGAAAGCUGUAAUAAAUCGGGUUAUCGUUAAAUUUAUGUAUUCUGUGGCGACAUAAAAUCACGUAGAUUAGCUGA